AUGAGGGUCUGUGUCCCCCUGACAGUGGCCAUGUUCUGUGGCCUGGCCUGGGCUGGAACCAUGGACUCCUGUGCAUCUCGCUGUAAUGAGACGUUUAACCAAGACGCUACCUGCCAGUGUGACCGCCAGUGUCCCCAGCAUGGAGACUGCUGUGAGGACUACGAACAUCUGUGUACCGCUGAAGAUGAGGACCCCACAGAGUCGGAGGCACUCUUGGAGCUGGAGGAAGAGGGCCCUGCCAACAACCUGUACUUGGCACCCAGCUCCUGCCAGAGCCGCUGCGGCGAAACCUACGACAAGCACCACCCCUGCCACUGCAACGACCGCUGCCAAGAGUUUGGGAACUGUUGCAAGGAUUUCGAGAGCCUGUGUGGUGACCACGAGGGCUUCUCCCACAGCAGCGAUACCAUAACUAAUGAGGAACUUAAGAGCGUCUCUGAAAAGAUCUAUAGCGCAGACACUAACAAGGCCCAGAAGGAAGACAUUAUUCUCAAUAGCCAAAACCGCAUCUCCCCAUCGGAAACUAGAGACCAAGUGGAUCGAUGCCCAGAGCCGCUCUUCACCUAUGUCAAUGAACAGCUGUUCUCCAAGCCCACCUAUGCGGCCUUCAUCAACUUGCUCAAUAACUAUCAGCGGGCCACAGGCCACGGGGAGCACUUCAGCGCCCAGCAGCUGGCUGAGCAGGACGUUUUCCUUAGAGAGAUCAUGAAGACGGCAGUCAUGAAGGAGCUCUAUGACUUCCUCCAUCACCAGAACCGCUACAGCUCAGAACAAGAGUUUGUUGAAGACUUGAAGAACAUGUGGUUUGGGCUUUAUUCAAGAGGCAGUGAAGAGGGGGACUCAAGUGGCUUUGAACAUGUCUUCUCAGGUGAAGUCAAAAAGGAUAAGGUUACCGGCUUCCAUAACUGGAUCCGCUUCUACCUUCAGGAGAAGGAGGGUCUGGUUGACUAUUACAGUCACAACUAUGAUGGGCCUUGGAACUCCUACCCUGACGUGUUAGCGUUGCAGUUCAACUGGGAUGGCUACUAUAAGGAAGUGGGCUCAUCUUUCAUUGGCAGCAGCCCUGAGUUUGAGUUUGCACUCUACUCCCUAUGCUUCAUCGCCAGGCCAGGUAAAAAGUGCCAGUUAAGCCUGGGUGGAUAUCCUUUGGCUAUCCAGACCUACACCUGGGACAAGACCACCUACGGAAAUGGCAAGAAGUACAUUGCCACAGCCUAUGUGGUGUCUUCCACCCAGUAGAGCUUGGAGCUAGAAAGGGGCAGGAAGAC